AUGAUUUUUGAAAAAACCUUUGUUAAAUAUUUCGAUUAUAAGAAGGACGACAAUAAAUUGAAGAGAGUGUUCGAUGACACGGAUAUCAAGGAAAUAAACAAUCUCCUACAUCAGUCUUAUGAGGUUUUCAUAGCGAUCGUUGAUGAAAAGACAAGAAAGAAGGAAUAUUACGUUUGCGAAGGAAGGGAUUGGACCGAACUCGAGAUUAAAUGUAAUAGAAAGAACCUUCCGGGAAUGAAUUACAAUCACAAGCUUAAAAUCGUAUUCAAGGUUGUCAGCUAUGAUGGGCUUUCUCUUCAUCGACCUCGACUGGAAACCUUGAGGAUGACCGAUAAUAAAAGUUGCGCGGGAGGAAUCUCCGUGAUAAACGAAUCACUUAAUAAAAGCUUCGACAUCAUUAACCAUUAUUUCGGUGAUAUAGAGAAACCUUUCCCUAAUAAUUUGAAACGUUCUCGAUGCGAUAAAUUACCCAUGUUCACCUCUUGCGAACUUGAUUUCAACACGUCAAAGAAA